GAACAGCAACAGUAAAUAGACGGAAGAGAGGCAGAGUUUGAAAUAAUAAUAAUAAUAAUAAUAAUAACAAUAAUAAAAAUAAAGAUGGGACUUGCGUCUAUUCAUUCGUUUUUAAUGAAGCGUAUGACAGCAGUAGCCGAAGAAAUAUUUAACGCUCUCAAAGACAGUAUCAUUGAAUAUGAGCAGGAGAUCGAGCGUCUGAAGCGGGAGAACUGCUGUCUGAGGAGCGCACUGACUCAAACAUGCCAUGAUACUGCUGGAGCUGAAGUUCUACAAGGUCCAACAGGUUUGGAACUCUCAGAAAUACAAGUAAAAAUGGAGGUCGCCACUGUGAUGUCCCAUGAGCCUUUGACUCAAGAAGCUUCUACCAUUACUUUGCCCCUUUCUGAAGAUUUUAAAUGGCAGGAACCUCAUCAGUCCCUCUCACCUCUGCCGAAUGUGCUGUUAAACAAUGACGAUAGUGGUGGCACAAAUCCACAGUUAUCAAUAACAGUUAAGUCAGAGCCGUGUGAUAAUCAGGCCAGCGAAUCAAACUCGUCUGCAGUGCAGUCUGGCAGUGACUGUCAUGCUGACCUUCAAGACUCUCCAUCUCUUCAACUUUAUAUUGAAACAUCCGAUGUGGUGUUACAAAAGGCAGUUCAGAAUCACCAGAGUACAUCAGUAUGCAAGUUUUGUAGCAAGUCUUUCAGCACCAAAGGGAGUUUGCAGAGACACAUGCUGGUGCACCAGGACAUGGCACCUUUCAGCUGUGGUUCAUGUGGGAGUCAGUUUAAAUCGAAAUUCCACUUGAAAGAACAUGAAAGACUCCAUACAGAAAGACGAGGAAAGGAUCGAACCGGAGGAGCAGUGAACUCACGGCACUCUCAUGUGGAAAUAAUUCUGCAGCCAGACAGUGUAAAUGUGAACACAGACCCACGGCACACUACUAGAUUAAGUCUCCCUGCUCAGGGCCCUGGAAAAUUUCCUUUCCGAUGCAAGGUAUGUGACAGGCCGUUCAGACGUCAAAAGAGCUUGAAAAACCACAUGCUUUUGCACCAGGGUGACCGAAACUACCCCUGUAUAUUUUGUGGCAGAAGGUUUUUUAAGAGCUGGCAUCUCGCAGAGCAUAUACGAAUUCACACCGGUGAAAAACCGUUUGGAUGCAGUAAAUGCGGAAAAGCAUUCGUUCAGUGGAAUCAAGCAAGAUCACAUAUAAUUAAGCAUCAUGAAGGAGAUAUGUCACUGUUAUCAAAAAAAAGCUAAACCUGUACGUUUGUACUUAGAAUAGUAAUGUUAGUUUUAAAUGUCAAACAUACAUUCCUUAUUAUACAGAGACUUUUAUGUUGUGUUCUGUAGAUGUAGAGUUUUCGUAGUGAUUUGUGUUUCCAACAUUUAAUUUGUAUUUUUUUAUUAUGUAGUACAUGUAUUAAAACAAUCUCUGAAAUUCAA